AUGGCUUUAGAACCUAUCAAUUGUACCACCAAAUCGCGUGAAAUCGAAGAAGUUUAUUCCAAAGUUGUUAGAGGUAACUCAGACACUACUUGGUUAAUCAUUGGUCCAAAUGCAAACAAAGAGUAUGGCCCAGAAGAAACUGGUAAUGAUUUCUCAGAAUUUUUACAUUCUUUUGAUGAUUCAAAAGUUCAAUUCGGUUUGGCCCGUGUUUCACCACCUGGCUCUGAUGUCGAGAAAAUAAUCUUAAUUGGUUGGUGUCCAGAUUCUGCUCCAAUGAAGACGAGAGCAUCAUUUGCUGCAAAUUUUGGUACUGUAGCUAAUAAAGUUUUGAAAGGGUACCAUGUUCAAGUUACUGCAAGAGAUGAAGAUGAUUUGAAUGAAAAUGAAAUAUUAAUGAAGGUUAGUAACGCUGCAGGUGCUCGUUAUUCCAUUCAAUCUACUGGUAUUUCAACUAGCAAACCACGUACUUUACCAAAAAAGACUCAAUCUCCACCACCACCACAAGCAGCUUCUAGUAUUCCAGCAACAAAGAAAUUUGAAUCUACCUCAUUACCAAAUAGAAAUAAUAAUAAUAAUAAUAAUAGUAAUAAUAAUAACAGUAAUAAUGAUGAUGAUUGGGGCGAGCCAGAAGUUAAAGAACGUGACUUCGAUAAGACUCCUUUAAAACCUUCCGAAUCUGCUUAUAAACCAAUUGGUAAGGUCGAUUUACAAAAAGUUAUUGCAGAAGAAAAUGCAAAGGAAGAUCCACGUUUAGUUAACUCUACUCCAAGCUCUAAUAAAAUUAACCCCUCUGAUGAGAUCAAUAACUUAAAACAACAAUCAAAAUCGCAAAGAGAUCAAGAAAUGAAUGCUUAUUUGGGUACAAAGCCACCACUAUCUACUGAUAAUUAUAAAACUGAUAAUGAUAAAGUAAUUAAAGGCUUUACAAAUGAAAAGUCCCCAGCACAAUUAUGGGCUGAAAAGAAAGCUGCCAAUAAUAAAGAUUCAGGAAUUACCGAUGAAUCACUCUCAUCUCCAAGAAAUACUACUAGUUAUAACGUUAAUGCUAAUGAUAAUGAAGAAGCAGAAGAACCAGCUGUUAAUGACUUAAAAUCAAAAUUUGAAAAAUUAUCAGCAAGUAACGAUGAACCUCAAGUAAUUUCACCAAAACCAUUCUCAAAACAACCAGCUCCAAUUGAUGAAUUUUCUUCAAACAAAAAUACCAAACAAUUUGGUACUCCUUUGCCCGGCAUGCAAGAUAAUAAUGAUUUCAAAAAAUCAAGUAAAAACGAUGAUGAAUGGGAUGAUCGUGAAGAAGAAGCUCCAGCUCCCGGAUUAUCAUCCAGAAGUAGACCGGAAGAAGAAGAUGCCCCAGCUCCAGGAUUGCCAUCCAGAAGUAGACCGGAAGAAGAAGAUGCCCCAGCCCCAGGAUUGCCAUCUAGAAGUAGACCUGAAGAAGAAGAUGCUCCAUCUUUACCAAAUAGAGGAAAUACUGAACAACAAGAAAGUGAACCUGUACCAUCAUUACCUUCAAGAGAAAAUGCUACUGAAGAGCCAUCUAAACCAGCUGGAGGAGCAACUGCUAUUGCACAAUACGAUUAUGAAGCCGCUGAAGAUAAUGAAUUAACAUUUAAUGAAAAUGAUAAGAUUAUUAACAUCGAAUUUGUUGACGAUGAUUGGUGGUUAGGAGAACUUGAAUCUUCGGGUGAAAAAGGUUUAUUUCCAAGCAAUUACGUGGAGUUAGAAAAUUAA